GCUCGCCGGCCUAAAAGUGCAACAGAAAACUUACAGAUACAAAAGCGAACAGCUAACAGCUAACCAGUUAAAAACAGACCCAAAACUCUCUAGCCAUGAUGAUGAACGCCUUCAUCGAGCCGGCCCAGCACCACCUGGCCAGCUACGGGCUGCGAAUGUCGCCCAACACCACCGCCAGCAACAGCAACAGCAACCCGCAGCAGCAACAGCAGCAGCAGCAGCAGCUCGAGAUGAGCCAGCAGCAGCAGCAACAGCAACAGCAGCAGCAACAGCAGCAGCAGCAGCAGCUGCAGGAGCAGGACUCGGCGGCGGCCACGGCGGCAGCGUACCAGAACUCCGGGUACGGGCACUUCAACGGCUACGCCUCCAGGGACUUCCUGCUGGGCAGGAGGGAGGCCGACUACGGGGUCGCCGGCUCCGCCGGACAGGCCUCCUCGGCGGCGGACUCCAUGCUCUUCUCCGGCUUCCCGGCCCAGGCCGCCGAGCUGGGCUCCGGGUUCGGACAGCACCCCUUCCACAGCCACCACCACCACCACCACCAGAUGCGGAUGGACGCCUACGCCGCCGGGCACCCGUACAACCACCACGGCAACUUCCCGGCGGCGGCCGUGCACCACCCGGUGGUGCACCACCCGUCCCACCACGCCAUGUCCGCCAUGCACCCGGCCGGGGCAGGCGCCUUCCUGCGCUACAUGCGCCACCAGCCGGCCUCGUCCGCCUCCAGCGUCAAGCAGGAGAUGCAGUGCCUCUGGAUCGACCCCGACCAGCCCGGCCUGGUGCCGCCCGGCGGCAGGAAGACCUGCAACAAGGUCUUCCACUCGAUGCACGAGAUCGUGACCCACCUGACCGUGGAGCACGUGGGCGGCCCGGAGUGCACCACGCACGCCUGCUUCUGGGUGGGCUGCUCCCGCAACGGCCGGCCCUUCAAGGCCAAGUACAAGCUGGUCAACCACAUCCGCGUCCACACCGGCGAGAAGCCCUUCGCCUGCCCGCAUCCCGGCUGCGGCAAGGUCUUCGCCCGGAGCGAGAACCUAAAGAUCCACAAGCGCACGCAUACGGGCGAGAAGCCCUUCAAGUGCGAGCACGAGGGAUGCGAUCGGCGGUUCGCCAACUCCUCGGAUCGGAAGAAGCACUCCCACGUGCACACGUCGGAUAAGCCCUACAACUGUCGGAUCAAUGGCUGUGAUAAGUCCUACACGCACCCCUCCUCGCUGCGCAAGCACAUGAAGGUGCAUGGCAACGUGGAUGAGAAGAGUCCAUCCCACGGCUACGACAGCGAGGGCGAGGAGAGCUCCAGCUCGAGCAUCAUCACCGGCGGAGCCCAGACGCCGCCUUCGACCCGCUUGGACGGAAGUGCGGGCAGCAGCAGCGGGGUGAGCAGCCUGAGCGGGGGCAGCGGCAUCAAGUCCUCCCCGCACUCAAUCAAGUCGGAGCCCAAUCCGAUGCACAGCGUCCACCUGGGCGCCUCCAGCAGUGGCAGCAGCAGCACGGCCAGCAGCAGCGCCUCCCACUUGCUGCAGCAGCAACAGCAGCAGCAGCAGCAACAGCAGCAGCAUCAGCAGCAGCAGCAACAGCAGCAGCAGCUGGCCGCCCAUCCCAGCGACUCGAAGUCCUCGCCCGCCCUCCAACUGAUGGCCGCUUCCGCAUCCGCCUACCUGCCGCCCCCCCUGGGACCCCCUCCCUCGCACCACCACCACCACCCCCAUCACCACCAGGCGGCGCCCUCUCCGGGGGCAGCGGCCGCCUCUGCCUCGAUGCUGCACCACAACCACCACCUUCUGUACCACCCGGCCGCCCAGCACCACCCACCCAGCGAAUGGUACCACACGGCGGCGCCCAGCGGCUCGGCGGAGGCCAUGAACCCCCUGAACCACUUCGGGCACCACCACCACCACCACCACCUGAUGCAUCCCGGGGCAGCCACGGCGUAUUGAGAGUGGGAGAACUGGUGGCCCGAGGAGCCGCCACCGCCCCCCGCCCAGCCGGUGGCCACGCCCACCACGGUCGCAGGGGGCGGGACAGGACCAGCGCAAGGAGCCCCGGAGGAGUCGACCUCCUCGCUGGACUGGAUCUGCUGCCAGCGGCUGCAGAACCUGGCCCUUGUGGCGCAAUGUGAAAACCAAAUAUUUCUGAAAGUUGAAGAAAACACUUUGAACUUUUUACCUGAUAAUUGAAAAAUUGCUGUUGAAACGAAAGUCGAAAACUCACAUUUUGAUUCGUCUUUGAACACGACUAUUAUGUAUUUUAAAUAUUAAUAUACAAAAAAAGAUGUACGAUCGAUAAAUUGCCUAAUUUUUUGCUAUUCAACUGUUAUGUAAAAUUAAACGUAGUUUUCUAGUUGCAGAACAAAAACAAACUAAAAAUAACAAAACUCGAAGUAAUCUUAAUGUAAAUGUAUAAAAUAUGAGUUAAUUAUCGCAUACAUGUAAAAACCGCACUCGUAACUUUAACUUUAAACGAAAAUUACUUAAGCAUAUUGACUACUUAGCCGUUAAGACUUAGCUAAUUUUUUGUCGGAGCUGCUUUCACUCUCAUUUUCCUCCCUCCCACCCCAAGCUUUCUAGUACAAAAAUUGCUAACUAAUACACUGUAAAAAGAGUUUAACAUCGAAGGGAUUGGAAGCUACAUCGCAUAUACGUAUAUACAUUUUCGGCCUUAGAUUUCUUCAAGCUUAAGUACGCAGAAUAAAUUUAAAGAGUUUUCAAAAAUCCAACAACAAAAAAACCCACAAAAACCAUCAAGAAAAAUA